CAUAAUGGCAGAUAAUUUGAAAUUUGUGCAAAAUGUUUUAGAAUUCUUAGAUCGGACAGUACAAGUUGUGAAAGCGUCGUUUGGUCCAAAUGGAUUAGACUGUUUAGUUUCAACAACGUCUGGAAAAAUGUUAAUGACAAAUGACGGACAUGCGAUCAUCAAAUCUUUAUCUUUUGGAAAUGUUUUUGGGAAACUGUGCUACAAUGGCAUGGUAAAAUCGGGAAAUUUCAGCAAAAAUGUUGCUUCAAUUAAACAAACACUCACUAUUUCUCAUGGCAUGAAGUAUUUGGCUUUGUCUGUAUUGCCUGGAGUUUUCAAUGACUUGAAAGAUUCAGGAGUUAUAGCUCACUGUUUUGAAGAUGGAAGUAAUAUUAAUUGGUUCAUGAAGGCUAUCCUACGCACAACUAUUGAUGGAAAAUUUAAUCCGAAUAUAUGUACAAUCCUUGUUGACAUUUUAAGUCAAUUAUUAUUUGAAGAAAAUGCUUUACAAAGCUUCAAACUUAUACAAGUCAGAAUAUCAGAUGUUCUUGAUAACUUUAAUGAAGCUGUGUGGGAGGUUCCUGGGAAGCCAUUCACUUGUUCUACAAUUUUACAAGGAGUGCUUUUACCAAGACAAUUUCUUACUAUGGUAAAAAUUUUACCAAAACCAAAAGAUGAGAAGUUUUUAAGUUUGUUAUAUAUGAAUUUAGGAGAAACAUUUGUCAAUGCUUGCAAUCAGAAUUCAAUUGCUGCCAUUCACUUGAUUCCUGAGGAGGACAUUGCCAAAAUUUCCCAAGUAUUUAAUCUGAGCCCAAUAUUUGACAUGAAUGAUUUACCAAUGCAUAUUGCUAUGGCUACUUCAUGUAAAUCAAUGCAAGUUGGACUGCAUACCUAUGUGCAAUUGAUGUCUGAGGAGAUUCACACCAAGCAAAUUAUUCUUUUUGCACCUAAUGAGUCAUUUUGUCAUCAGUACUCAAUGGCAUUAAAAAGCAUGCUAAGAAGCCUCCAAAGCUGUAUAAAACAAACAUCCUCGGGAUGUCAGUGCUUUAUGUCUUAUGUUCCAGGAGGUGGAGCAUUUGAACUCGCAUUUUCUCACGUCCUUGAACAGUACAGGAAAAAAUAUUCAAGCAAUACAAGUUUGAAUUUGGCCAUUGAAAUACUAGAGAAAUCACUACUCGCCAUUCCAAGAGAACUUAUCAGAAAUUCUUCUUGUAAACUCAACAUGUUUCAUUUGAAAGCUCAAACAAGACAAUGUCUAAUAAAGGAUCCAUUGUUAGGCAUCGAUAGAAGUGGAAAUUUCAUUCCAAUUGUUAAGAAAGGAGUUUUGGAGCCGACAAUGGCGAAUUAUGAUUUAAUUUAUUCUGUUUUGCAGCUUUUCAUUCAAAUCAUUCAAACAGAUAAGGUUCUUUUUGUCAAGAAAUUGCCAAGUAAAAAAGAAACUGAAGAUAAUAGUUCUGAUGAUGAAGAUGAUAAAUAAAAGCAACAGAUAUUGCCAUUUUA